AGUCAAUGCAAUACAGUAUUAGACUGUAGUAUACAUUGAAUACAAACUUUCUAUUUCUAUAUCGCAGUCAAUAACAUCACACAUACUGUACAUAAAAACUACAAUAAUUUUAAAUAAAAUUAUAUUAAUUAAUAUUCACUAACAAUGGUUUGUGUAAUAUAUCAUCUCAAACAAUGUAUACGUUUAGUAUUUGAUUUGAUGGCCAAAAUAAUUGGUCUCAUAUAUCCAUCAAAACAACAGUAUUUACCGCCGAUUACCGAUAGAUUACUGUUGGAGCCGGUCGUCAAUUUGACUAAACAAAUAAAAUCGGGACAAUUAAAAAGUGAAGAUCUGGUCAAAGCAUACAUCAAUCGCAUCAAAAUUGUUGAGCCGCAUAUCAAUGCUGUAAUAGACGAACGCUACGAACUGGCCAUUGAAGAGGCCAUCGAAGUGGACAAACGAGUCAAACAUGAAUUAGCCGGUAAUCCACCUCUCAAUGGAUUGUCAAUUGAUUCGCAACCACUGUUGGGAAUCCCAUUUUCAGGCAAAGACAGUGUUGCCAUUAAGGGUAUGAGAUAUACUUCUGGAUGUCCGACACGUAAAGAUAUUAAAGCCACUGAUGACGCCGGAUCUGUGAGACACAUGCGAUCUGCCGGUGCCAUACCUGUGUGCUUGACUAAUGUACCCGAACUGUUGAUGUGGUGGAAUGCACACAAUAAGACAUUUGGACAGACAUACAAUCCAUACGACAAGUCUAUUAUACCAGGUGGUAGUACUGGUGGUAAUGCAUCGUUGAUUGCCGCCGCCGGCUCUAUAGUAGGUAUCGCAUCGGAUAUCGGCGGCUCCACACGUAUACCGUGUUUCUAUUGCGGUGUAUUCGGACACUGUACUACACCCGAAUUAGUUCCAACUGAUAAUCACUGGCCACCAUAUCCCGAAAAGCGACUCAAAAUGUUAUCCUAUGGACCAAUGGUUAGAUACGCGGUUGACAUUAAGCCAGUCCUUAAAGUAUUUCUCGGCGAUAACGUAACGAAACUUAAAUUGGAUGAAACAGUCGACUUAAGUAAACUUAAGAUUUACUAUAUGUAUGAAAUCAAUGAUCCUCUGGUCUCACGUGUCAGUCCUCAGAUACACAAAGCGAUCGACGAUUGUGUCAAUCACUUAAAAAGUUUGGGCGCAACCAUUCAAGAGAUUAAUUUAAAACAAUUUGAACACUCAUUCCUCAUAUGGCAGAGCUCUAUGAGAGUGGACGGCAUAACACCGUUUGCUGAAGAAUUAACUAACAGAACGGGAAAAAUAAAUCCAAUGAUGGAGUUAUUGAAAUCUAUUUAUGGCGGAUCUGAACACAGUCUCGAAGCUAUUUGUGUUUCAGUUUUUGACGCCAAUCCACCAAAAGAUGACGUUUUAGUUAAAUAUAAGCAAUUGGGCGAAGAAUUAAAGUCAGAACUUCACAAACUAUUGGGUGAUGACGGUGUCCUACUAUUUCCACCGCAACCGGAUCCCGAAGUCAAACUGAAUACUACUCUUUUGAAUUUCCGAAGCUGUGUCUAUACAGCAGUUUUCAAUUGCCUUCAAGUGGCCAUUACUUCAGUACCUUUAGGUCUCAACACUCAAGGUUUACCCCUCGGUGUUCAAGUUAUCGCUAAAGCAUUCAACGACCACUUGACUAUUGCAGUGGCCGAGGAAUUAGAGAAAAGAUUCGGCGGUUGGGUUGCGCCCACUAAAAUCAAUUGUUAACCCAAGUGUAUAUAAACAGUACGGUAAUCAUAAUUUUAACGUUUUAUUUAAUCAAUUUUUUAAAUAAUGAUUUCUAUAUAUUUUUAAUAAAAUUGUAUAUAAAGUUAUG